AUGAACCAGAGGGUUGUAUCGCAUGCGGCUGGACAUUCGACAAACAAAACGGGCAAUUAUUCUAGCCACCUUAAACUAUUCUACGGUGCAUCUAAACGGGGUGUUUGGUCAAUCGGUUCUGAUGUGAUUUUGAAAGACCGCCCGGACGAGGGUCCAAAAGCAAAAGUUGAAGUCAAAACACUAAACCACCUGGCAACCUAUACCGAUAUCCCUGCUCCAAAGGUUCUGCGUGACUGGGUCGAUCGCGAUGGUCUUGAACCCCGUGGACCGUUUCAUUCCGACCAAGAACUCUGGGAUGCCCUCAGCAUUAACCUUCACCAUCUACCCCUGAAAGUGUUAGAGAACUUAAAGAAGCGCCUACCCAAAUGCGAGCCCUAUGUCCUCACUCAUUGCGAUCUCAAUUUGGGCAACGUCAUGGUCCAAGAUGGGAAGGUUGUUAGUAUACUCGACUGGGAGUAUGCCGCCUAUUUUCCUAUCUGGUAUGAAUAUGUCUCGGCCUCUUUCGGAUUUACGGAUAUGGAUGUUGAAUGGAAGAAGUUGCUGCAAGAGCGCUUAGGCGUACAUGACGAGGCACAUGAAGAUGCCAAGGCAUUUUGGACAGAUUUGUGUAAUCUAAGACAGUAUCCGGAUUUGGAUGAGAAAGGUCAGGAAGCCUUGACGAGACUGUCUUGA